AUAAACCAAUUCACCUUUUUCAAAUCAGAAAAAUUAUAAAAUCACCGGUUACCGUUAUCUUCCACGAACUUAUAAGUCGAGAAUCUGUGCCGACUGUGGCGUCUCUAUGCAUUUACGCUCAAACGAUAAUUUUCAACGGCGCCAGUUUGAACUUUGAAAUUUCGUUUUUGAUUUUUAUAAUUUUCUUCUCUUUUUUAUUCAAUUCUUCACAAUUUAACAUAAAAUCUAUGGGAAUUUCGGGUCUAUUACCGUUUGUAAAAAAUGCUUGUCGAAAAGGAAAUAUUUUGGAGUUGCGAGGAAAGUCGGUCGCAAUCGAUGUGAGUUGCCUUUUACAUCGUGGAUUGACUGGGUGUAUGGAUAAAAUUCAUAUGGGAGAAGAAACUCAAAGUUAUGUAAAUUAUGUUAACAAAUAUGUCAAAGAGCUUCUCGGAAUGGGAUGUCACGUUGUUAUGGUAUUCGAUGGACGUCCGUUGCCGGCGAAAAAGGGCACAAAUGAGGAGCGUCGUGAGCUGCGUGAAAAACGAAAGGAGCACGCUGAAAUGCUCCUGGCAAAAGGAUUGGAACGAGAAGCCCGUGAUACAUAUCGAUUGGCCACUAGCAUUUCUGCAGAUAUUGUCGAAAAUACCAUUCAAUAUUUUCGAAGUAUGACAAAUGUCGAUAUUGUUGUGGCUCCCUAUGAAGCAGAUGCUCAGCUGGCGUACCUUGUGCAGGAGAAACUUGUCGAUGCAGUUAUCACUGAGGAUUCUGAUCUGAUUGUUUUUGGAUGUGAAAUGAUUUAUUUCAAAUGGCAAUCUGCGACUGGAGAGUGCAGUGUUUAUGAGAAGUGCAAUCUGAAAAAUUGCUUCACUGGAGAGCUUGGUGGGGAUAAAUUCGAUUUCGUUAAAUUUCGACGAAUCUGUAUUUUAUCAGGAUGUGAUUAUUUGCAGGCAGGUCUACCAGGCGUCGGGUUGAGCACAGCUGCCAAAUUUUUCUCCAUGACAUCAAUCAAGGAUCUCAGAACUUUGCUCCGAAAAGUUCCAUCAUACCUGAAAAAUCCUAAGCUCAAGGAGCACGUGAACGAUGAAUUCAUUCGAAAUUUCGAAAAGGCGGAAAAUACAUUCAAACAUCAAAUUGUAUUUGAUCCUAGAGAACGGUGCCAGAAGCCGUUGACACCGUACCCAAAAGAAGUUUUGAUGACUGGAGUCGACGAUCUGGAGGAGGUUAUAGACUUGGAUUCACCAAAGAAGACGGCUCCAAGCUCCAAAAGUUUCGCGUAUGCAGGAACAGCUUCUACUCAGCGAAUCGCUAUUCGGUUAGCGCUAGGAAAUCCGGAAAACAAGAGCUCAAUCGACGAUCAGUUUCUUCUAGUUCAGCCAACCCCGGAAUGGAGUGUCUGGGGAUUACGAUAUGAAAGCAAAGGAAGCACACUAGACAAGAUCAGCAAACAGAAAGAGUUAGAAGCUACGCAAUGUGGUGGAGCUUUCAAGCUCGAUUCGCCGUCUGUGAAGCGUGUCAAAGUUGCUUCGAAAACUACCCCAAACGAUGACGAAGAUGACAUUGUGAAGCAAUUCAUGGCAGAUAUCGAAAAAGAAAAGAAGGCUAUCAAAAAACGGAAAAAUGCGCCUCAAGUGGACUAUAAUGCUGAUGUUCUUCUCAAAAAGUAUGCAGAACCACCACCGGAGAAGAGACAAAAGAUUCUGGAAGUAAUCGAUGAUGAUUUCUCGGAAUUUUUUCAAGAAAAAGUGAAAGAAAAUACCAAGGAAAGUGUUGCCGAGGAAAAAGUUGAAAAUAGCAACGAAGAGCUGAAGCCUCCUCCGAUUCUUCGAAAAGCGGUUUCAACUCCUGAUUCGGCAAGAAAAACUCACAAAUUUCAAUCGCCGCUUCUCAAUCAUCAAAAUUCGGCUCCUCCGUCGUUGCCGGAUAGAAAACCUGCACAAACUUCCAAGUAUUUCUCUAAACCAACUUCAGAAAAUGGAGUUCCCAAAACGAAAAAUCCAUUCCGAUGUCCUGCAUUUGUCAAACCAACGCAAAAAGUUGAAGAAAAAAUCGAGAAAACUACGAUUCUCGCUGCAUUGGAAGAGAACAGUGUUCCGAUGCCUAGUUCAAAUACCACAUAUCGAUUUGUUGGCUUUAAAUCCGCAGGACUCCGUAGAAAAUCGAAGCAAUAAUUUUUUAAAAACUUAUUUUCGUUAUUAUCAUUUUAUACCGGUUUUUUGUUACGUAAAAUAUUCGUUUUGUGCCUUUUUCCGAAAAUAAAUUAUUUUCUUCUUUU